AUGUCAGAUGUGAAGAGAAUUGUCACCAAUCUGAUGAGCAAAUUCCUCAAAGGAGUAAUAGACCUUACAGUCAAAUUUGCAAGGACGAUCGGCACCAGAGGAGGAAAGCGUUUGCGGAUGGCUGGAGACGGAGCUCAAGGUGGUAGCGCGGAAGGGGAUGACGAAAUCACCGGGAGGAAGAGGGAGGAGGGACACAGAUCAUGUCAUACAUGGACGAGAACAGAUGACAGGUCUCCGGUUGCUAGGUUAGAGAAAGAUGACAGACUUUGGGUGGUCGUCGGUAGCAGGGAGAGCAGGGGACAGGAAUCGCUUUUCUUCUUUGGAUGCGUCUUCAGUACGGAAAAAUUGGAAUCGAAGGCGUUGAUAAUCUUUUGUGCCGAUCCUUCUCAUUUGAAGAAGGGACCGAAUCAAUGA